AAUAAAUAAUUUAAAGUCUAUUUUUUCUCUUUCAGAUCUUGAAAGUUUGUUAGUAAAUAUGGCGGGAGAAGACAACAACAACCGCGAAGCUCAUCGAGGCGGCGACGACGAGGACCAUCAUGAGGAAUCGAGUCCUCUCUUGCAAGUGAACGGCACCAAGAUCUCCUCGAAAGGGGACACCACCAAGACGGCGCCGAUUGUGCCUCCUCCCGCGGCGGAGGAAUACGGUUGGACGGCGGAUGGAUUGCCGGUGAGCGACGGGAGCGUGAUCGGCGAGCCGAUCGGGAGAAACCAGUGGAACUCCGGUCUGUUCUCCUGUCUCGGCCGGAACGAUGAGUUCUGCAGCAGCGAUCUCGAAGUUUGUCUUCUUGGGAGUGUGGCUCCUUGUGUAUUGUAUGGAACUAAUGCAGAGAGGCUUGGUUCUGCUGUUCCUGGAACGUUUACGAACCACUGCUUGACGUAUUCAGGACUGUACUUUAUUGGUAACUCUUUGUUUGGGUGGAACUGUCUUGCUCCGUGGUUCUCUUAUUCCAGCCGUUCUGCCAUUCGCCGCAAGUUUAACCUUGAGGGAAGCUUUGAGGCGAUGAACAGGUCGUGUGGUUGCUGCGGUAGCUGCAUAGAGGACGAAAUGCAAAGAGAACAUAUGGAGACGACUUGUGACUUUGUGACGCACCUCCUUUGCCAUACAUGUGCCCUUUGUCAAGAAGGCCGUGAGCUCCGCAGGAAGGUUCUUCACCCGGGUUUCAACGCUCACUCCACCGUUGUGGUGCUCCCACCAAGUGAACAAACCAUGGGCCGUAAGUGAAGCUUCCUUUGAGUCCACUGGUCUUAAUAGCACUUUUUACAUACAUACAAAAGUGUGAACUAUCAUUUUGUCUCUUGCUUAUUUUUUUGAAUAAAAUCUAUAAAGACUUGACUUGUGUUCAUAAGAUCACCUUCAGAGGUGUACCUUGUACGAAGAAUAAACUUUUCAUGUGAUAUCCAAUAGAUUCUACAAUUAGACGGCA